GCGUUUGUUUACGUUUGCGCGUACCACAUUGCGCAGUUCAAGCUGUAAAUCUCCACAAUCCGCAGAGUCAUCCUUACGAGCACCAGGUCGACCCCAAAGCCCGGACGGAGAUGUCUGACUCGGUUCCAGAUGAGCAGGGAGCAGCUUCGGACCCCCUCGAACCUGAAGCCAUCCACAUAGCUAUAGGAGCGCCCGCUGACGCUAGAGGCUUCACUGUAGGAGGAAACAUGACCGUCGCAGAGCUCAAAGUGGCUCUGACAGAAUGGCUGUCGGCCUCUGCAGAGCAGCUGGAGCUGAUCCACUCCGGACGGGUCCUUAGAGAGUCAGAACUCAUUGGUCACCUUGAGGGACAGGACCGGUGCGUCAGGCUCCAGGUCAUCCAAAGGGUUCAGCUCACUGAAGAUCAGUCCUCAGAAGCAGACAGAUCAGAACUCCCAGCAGCCCCAGAUUCUGACCUGAGCUUUCCCCCGACUCCAACAUCUCCUCUCCAUCAGGGAAAAGUUCGAGAAGUUUGCGACUUGGAGAACAACGAGCCAGGCUUCUGUCCUGCACACCACCAACAGAUGGAUCAACAACAACUUACUGACCAAGAGUUCCGCUGUGAUCCAGUUACGAGUGCAGUCUCCUCAUCUGAAUUGACCCAGCUUCCUCACACGGACCUAGAGAGAAAGAAAAUGAAUCCAUCGUCAAGAUGUGUGUAUUCGGGAGAACAAAAAAGCAAUCCAACCUCCCUCCUCUCCAGUCCCGUCACAAGUGUCAUCGAGGAGCUGACUGUCAUUCCCACUGAGGCUCCAAGCUCCCAGAGCUCUGUUAAUGCAGGUAUGCAAUCCCUGCUGCAGGAGAUCACGGCCAAUCCCAGCUUGAUGGACAGUUUGCUUUCUGGACCGCAUGUUAGCAGCCUUUUAAACUGCCUCAGUCAGUACCCGGACUUGGCAGCACAGAUGUUGCCAAGUCACCCGUUUCUGACAGGAAACCCUCUCUUACAGCAGCAAAUGAAACAGCAGCUUCCUUUAUUUAUGCAACAGAUGCAGAGUCCAGAGCUGCUGGUGUCCAUGUUUAACCCCAAAGCGAUGAAAGCCCUUCUACAGAUCCAACAGGGCCUACAGACUCUGGCUGAAGAAGCCCCCUUCCUCAUACCUGCUGCUUCCUAUGACUCCACCGAUGCUGAUGUUGCUCUCGAGAACCAAUCAGGAAGGAGUCCUCCGGCGGUAGCAGUGGCAGAACAGCAGCAGCAGCAGUUUGUGCACCAGAUGCUACAGUCACUGGCUAAUACUCGGAUCAGUCAAGAGGAGGAGGAUCUUUAGGAGCUAGAGCAGCAGAGCUUUAAAGACAGACCUUCAGUUCCUCACAGCACAGCUGGAGACCGGUACACUGCGACAGAUCUGCUCAGCCUCUGACACACACAUGCACGCACAGGCAGUUCAUAAAUUACCAUACCUAAAUAAACAUGAAGCAUCUUUAGUCACAUAAACAAAAACUUAUUUUAGCCCACAACUCCAACCCAAUGGUAAAUUGAAGGAAGCUUGAAAUUUCUCAUGUCUAGAUGUUUAUUUACAGCUUUAUUACUUUAUGGUGUCCGUCCCUAAUUUCUUUUCCAAUACAAAAAAUAAAAAAACAUAGUUUUUACGACAUAUAGUAUAGACAUAAAAGUAAGAUUGUCUGGAUUUUCUGUGGUUUUUAAUUGAAUAAAAACUCCAGUAAAACAGCAACAAAAAAUAAAUAAAAAUAGAAUAAAAAAACAGUGAUUUUGAUUCAGCUGGGAGACUGACGCACCCCUUCCAGUCAACGUGCUGCUGCAGAAUGAUUCAACAGUCAGAAUUAGGUCAAAUCAUAAUCUUUUUACACUCGUGCAGAGUCUGAAACUGGGAGACAGCUUCACAUUCUGGAAGCUCAGAGUUGAUCUUCUCUCAGUCUCUGGCAAAAGAUGAAGCCAAGAUGGAGACAUGUUAGAUGUUUAAGGAAUGAACAUGGGAAGAAAAAUCAAAGCGUGUAGAGCGUCUAAAGAAAAAUAUGCAACUAAAAAGAUGGUUAAUUCAGAAGUAAGUUUGUAAACAAAUCUCAUCUGUUGCAUAUUUUGCAUCUGUCUAAAUUGCCUUUAUUGGUUUUGGAAUAUGUCUUUCCUUUUACUAUGUGAAUUUCAAAAGAUUUAAGAAUGUAAUUAAAUUGUGUAGUGGUGUAGUGCUCUAUGUUGAACACUAGGUGGUGGCUAAACUGAACUUUUAAGUGCCUCAAGUCAUAUUCUUUGCAUAAAACCAAAUCUGUUUUGAAUGUAAAACUUAGACAAGCUAAUUAAUCAUUUUGUCAGUUUUUCUUUAAUAAUUUAUGGCAAACCUGAUGUAUAUGACUUUACGUUCUCAAUGUCAGAGGUGCACCACAGGUGACAAAUCUCAACCUCUGACAUUUGUAUGCAUGCAUGCGAUCUGCUUGACAACCUGUGAGCGUUUUGUUUGUUGCUGCCAGACUGAGGGGAAGUAAUCUUCAGCAGCAUGUGUGACUGCAUGUGUGAGAUAUGGGAGUAGCUGACGGGGUUUUCUGGAUUAAGAGCUCCAAAAAUAUUCGGGUUGAGGUUUGAAGAUGAGUCACGCUUUGAGAAAAAAAAAAA